AAAUCCCCAAAACCACCCCUUAUUCUUCUUCCCCAAUCAAAAAUCCCCACAAAUUUUCAAAAAUUAAAAAAAAAAAAAUCUACACUCUCAGUUUCAGAGAACAACCAUAACCAGCAGCAAUGGCCAACAUGCUCAUGGCCUCUUCCUCCAAAACCCUCCCAACCACCACCCCACCAACAUCCACCCCUAAACCCAAACUCCCUCUCCUGAAAACCCCCCUUCUCAAACUCCCUCAAAAACAACUCAAUUUCUCUCUCCUGAAAUCCGCCGCCAUUUCCGCCGCCUCACUUUCUCUCUCCUACCUCCUCCCCCACCCCUCUCUCGCCGAAGAAAUCGAGAAAGCCUCCCUCUUCGAUUUCAACCUCACUCUCCCCAUUAUCAUGGCCGAAUUCCUCUUCCUCAUGUUCGCUCUCGACAAGAUCUACUACACCCCUCUUGGCGACUUCAUGGACAAACGUGAUGCCUCCAUUAAAGAGCAGCUUGCCGAUGUUAAGGACACUUCUUCUGAGGUUAAGCAGCUUGAGGAACAAGCUAACGCUGUCAUGCGCGCUGCACGUGCUGAGAUUUCUGCUGCCUUGAAUAAGAUGAAGAAGGAGACUCAGCUUGAAGUUGAGGCUAAAUUGGCUGAAGGAAGGAAGAAGAUUGAGGUUGAACUUCAGGAAGCUUUGGCUAGUUUGGAGAAGCAGAAGGAGGAUACUAUUAAGUCUCUUGAUUCUCAGAUUGCUAAUCUUAGUGAUGAGAUUGUUAAGAAGGUUCUUCCUGUUAAUUGAUUUUUCUUUGUUUUCUUGUUUCUAGAAUUUCUGCCUUUUCUAUAACAAUGGAUAUAUUGUCAUAUCAAUAUGAUUAUAUUUAUAAAAUGAUACUUGUAUGAUUAAUUUGUUUCGAA